GAAAGCAUUACACAAGAACAAUGAUUUGAAGUCAGGUUUCUGUGAUUACACAGCAAUAGGCUGGUUUUCCAUUUGUGCACAUGUCAUGAACACGAAAUAUUUUUAGAAGAGUAAUGAAAUACUGUACUUCUUAUGCCCUGAUUUACAUCACAUAAGUUUAUGUCUUUAAUACUUCAUGCACCAAGGGUGUAAUAUUAUAGAAACUGGCCUCAUCUGCCCUAAACUUUUUUUUACAUAUAACAGUAUCAGUGAAGGAAAAUCUUGUCUUCAAUCUUAACAUCAUUGGUGUUUGUGAUUUUCCACCAGAGAAAAUGAUUCAUUCCCACAGACAUGCUAACAAAAGUUCUUAUAUGUUUUGGAGACUGCAGUAUGUCCACAACAUAUGCAAACUAGCCUAUCAUAUGGUGUUGUCAUCCAAAAGAAGGAAUAUGGAAUUCACAAGAAACCAGUCACCACUGUUACUCCAGUGAACACAGCAACAAACCAAAUCCAAUACAUCAGCACGACGGACAGUUCCUCCCCAAGUAUCAACAGAUUUUCAACAGGCCUACUUCAUCCACAGUGGAGCCCUCCAACCAAUAUACCAUGUACUACUGGCAUAAGAAUGCCUAACCUUACAGACUGUAAAAGGUAUUAUACAUGUAACUCCACAUAUGGCAUAAUAUUCGCUUACACCUGUCCACCACAGACAGCCUUCAAUGUGUACACACAUGUCUGUGACACAAGUAUUUACAAAUGGUGUGAAAGGCAAACUGGAACUUAUAAUCAACCUUUCAUUCCACCCAGUCCUACAACUGUAAUUUCUCUCACUACACCACUUCCUACCUCAUGCUCAAAACCUGGGAAAACUCCUGACCCACAGUCCAGUAAGCAUUAUUUUGUGUGCUAUUUCCAACGUGACAGAAUUAAAAAGUACAGGAUGGCUUGCCCAAAUACCCUACACUACUGUGCAUCACAGAGAGUAUGCAAAAAGCCAAGUGAUUGUUCUGGAUAGCUGAAAAAUUCCUUCAUUCCUAUAAUGCAUUAUCAUAUCACCUAUCAGACGUGCAUCACUGCAAUCUUACCAACUUAAUCAAAUGAGUCAUGUUUCAUAUUAUUGCCACUAUA